AUGAAGAAGACUCGUAUCUGCGAGGAAUUUGUUCGGACAGGGUCGUGCAAGUACGGCGACAAGUGCACUUUCGCUCACGGGUGGGGUUCGAAGGAGGGCAGUAAGGAGGGGUCUCUGCACAAGACGCGCCUAUGCGAGCGCUUCAUGAACACCAAGUCAUGCCCUUACGGUGAUAAGUGCACCUUCGCGCAUGGGUGA